CUGCAGCAAUCCCAUGGAGACCGGAGGAGAGGAACAUUUCUGGACCCGCUUGCAUCCAGCUGGGUCAAAGGGUUGCACUCACACACACACUGGAAUGCGGGAGAUGGGUAUGGAAAUACACAAAGAGGUCAUCCACAUUUUUCAGCACACUUUUAACCAGAAAACUAGUCACGUGGCCUCCCGGAGUAGUACCGGAACCAAAUUGCGCAUCAAAAAUUUGCUGUAAAGUAGGCUCCGACCAUCUCCCUAUAGUAAACAUUUCAGGUGACACACCGGCACCCACAUUUUUCCACAACAUAACAGCCUGGUAUCAACUUAAAGCAGAGCCAGGAGCAAAAAUUGGGAGCAUGCGCACUCUCUAUGAAAAAACCAACAAUGGAUUAGAUCCUAAGAUUUGUUAUUCAACCAAAGAUUUAGAGCCCGCAAUAUAUAGGUGCACACACACUGAGACAAUCAACAAUACACAUAUGAGUCAUACCGAAUAUAAAUUCGAUGUAAUUUCAUAUGUACCUGAUAACAAUCAGCCUGAAGCCUUUGUCUGGACUAGCCGGAGAGAAGGCAUGUAUUGCGUGGGAAAAUGUGUCAACGACCCAGAUAAUUACACUGGGCCACAGAAUUGCACAUGGAUAAUGAAUCAUUGUUUUAAUUUAACCACCUGUGGAUAUAGCAAACCAAAGAAAUGUCCGAAACUAUAUCCUAUUCCUCCUGGUGGACUGAUAAAAGGGAAUGUUAACAAGACAUUAUUUCAUGAUGUAAAUCUAGUAAUGACACAUGUAUCAUACAAUAUUUCCAACAUUUUAUCUGCUUAUGUUAAUCACUGUGAUAAAAAUGACAAGACAUAUGCAUGGCUACAGUCACGAAUCGAUGAUUUAAUUUCUGAUUACAAAAACAGACUUGCCGUGCAAAUCUCACCUGCACGCUCGAAACGAGACCUGCUCGGAAACAUAGCGGGUCUCUUCGGCUCAAUUAAUUCCAUUGCCAACAACUACAAAAUAACCAAACAAUCACAAUACUCAACAUGGUUGGCAAACCAGGUGGCCACUGGUUUUCAGCAUAUCACAAAUAGCAAUGAAAAUAUCAUAAAAGCGGUUCGAUCCGAAGCGCAGGCGCUUCUUGCGAUCAGCCACACACUAUUCAAUCAGACCCGUACCAUCGAACGUGACUUAGCCUGUAGGACAUAUGCACAAGAUCUAUUCACUGCUGCUAGACAAGAAAUCCUUGACCUUCGUCUGUACAAGACACCUAGGCAUGUUUUGAAUGACCUUAUAGAGGUCUUAGAUCUACAUAGGUGGUAUGAAUCAGAAAAAAUGAAAAAUGUAAGAUAUUCUGAAUUACUAUCCACCAUAAUGAUGUUUACAGGAAAUGAAUGUAAUGGAUGUAUUGGGUUUUUCGUCAGUUUUCCUUUAAUACACCCAGAUCAGGUUUUUCCAAAUUCCACUACCAUACGCUCUAUGGGCGUGGUAGUGAAGGAUCAGGUAAUUAAAUGGGAUCACCUCACUGGAUACAUGACACAAAAGGGUACUGAGACCUUGUUUACCAGUCGCACAUGUUGCCAUGAAACGCACAAUUAUGUUAUCUGUACAUGUAACACUUUGCAACCUUUCUCCCCCAAUGACACCAAACUUAUAAACGUUCAGUCACUGCAUGGUUACUAUGAUGUUAUCCAGGUGUCACAUUCACAGUGGUGCGUGGUCAGUGAGAUGAACUCUUUUACCUACGGAGGACUGGCCUGCUCUGCUAAUCACUCGUUUUGCUUGGAAGUAACAGAGGACUUUUCGAUGGGUCAAGUCAACAUUUUAGGAAGAGUGCCACUGGACACAGAGACUUCACCAUGGUGGGAUGACACUUUCUAUGAACAAGGUACCCAAGCUGUGGUUGACACGAUGGAGCUAACACAGAGACUGAUCCUGCAAACUGAAUACCACCUCAACCAAGCGCAGGUUGAGAUCAACCUGGCACGAAAGACUGCACAACUGUUAUCCAGUUCAUCCACUCGGUCGGCACAGUACACAUACACCUGGUGGGACUGGGUGUUCCGGGGGUGUGCCAUUGGCAGUGCCCUAAUCUUCACCUUCACUUUGAUCCAGUGCUGCUAUUUCAAACACCUCAUCAGAUCUACACAGGAAUCCACACACGCUGCCCUUGCCCUCAGCCCGCUGCAGAUACCCGUGUUCCAAAGACUGUAAAAAAAAAAAAAAAACACUUUGCUUUGUCUGACCCCGCAGGUACCCUAUUACAAUUCUCCCGCGGGGCCAAGCGGGGAAAUACUGUAAGAAUUUUGAUUGAUCCUGACCAAAAGGUCAGCCCUUCCUGGGAACACAGCAUGGAAGCCCGAGAGUGCAGUGUGUGUCCCCUGUAGGUGCCCGAGGCAGCAAGGACAUCAAAAGAGAACUUUUGCAACACAACAACUUUCCUCCAGGACUCACGGCAGGGGACCAAGACCCCCAAAACACCCCUCUCGGAAACCAGAACUUUAUCUCGAUUACAGGAGACUCCCUGGAGAGUUACACUUGAUUUUCAAACACCACAUCUCCAUACAAAUGAUGGACCUGCAGACAAAUGUCUGACCCCUCUACCCCUCCUUUCCUUGUUACCUCCUCAACACAGGACAGUCUACAGCACACCAGAUGAUUAUGUGUAAGAAAGGUCACAUCAAAUGUAAAUAACAGUGGAAAAUAUUCAUGUUUCAUUUCAUUACAAAGGUUUUAUCGCGACUGGUACACAGGUCUCAUUCUCACAUCAAUAAAACAAAUAGUAAAAGGUUUAAUAGAGUUAAGAAAACUUAACUCUACCCAAGGGGCGUACACCCCACUACAAAUGUAUCCAGGACGAGGUGCCUCCCACAGGUCUGUAAGAACCAAUCACUGCUAUAUAGUACUAUAUAGUGGAUAUAGUUGGCUGGGUUGCAUAAUGUUUUCUAAUGAUAAUUAAGGGCACGCCAGCAUGGGGCAGUUGCUUCAACCAUUUCCUCUGGUUACACGGAUAGACUAAUUAUUUAACUCUAGCUAAGUUGUGGGUAAUUGUAAUGAUUAUUCGAGGACUAUAUAAGUCAGGACCUCUGGUGCGGUUAAGUUUAAUUAUUUAACUCUAACUAAGUUGAGUAUAUUUGUGAUUAAUAUACGAGGGCUAUAUAAGUCAGGGCCGCUGGCGUGGUUGAGUUUGUGUUUCAGAAUCCACACAGCGGCCGAUGUGGGCUGAUAUGACAUUGGUAAUUGAAUGAAUGAGUUCAAUGUUAACAUGAGUAAAUAGAAUGACCAAAUGUUUACCCAAAUUUAUUAAUCAUAAAUAAAUUCUAAAAUAUUUCAUCAAGGAGUCAGAUGAAUUAACGAGGUAACGUAUAUUAAUUCAUAUUUGUUUGUAAAACAAAUGUCUAUAACCAAUUCUGUUCUGUUGCGUAAAGGAAAGACAGUAACACGUAAGAAUCCCUUCUGCCGCGCCAUUGGCUACCGUCGUUGGACCUGUGGGCGGACCCGGAAAGGGGCCUUACAACCAAUACAUACCAUUAGAGACCAACAAAAAACAAUACACUGUAGUGUGUUUUGGGCCAUAUUCCAUUAGAAACAAUAAAAUUCCCAAUAAAACCAUUAGAACAUUAAUGGUUUUAUUGUUUUUUU